UUUUUGUCUCUCUCUCUCUCUCUCCCUCUCCCUCUCUCUCUCUCUCUAUCAUCUUUCAUAGAAUAUAUUCUUCUUCCACUGCUUUAUUAUGUUGUUUGAAAUUUAUGCAGGUAAAGGCUUCCUCUACCACGAAGCAAUCACUAUUCCAUUGAUGGGUUGGUUUAGAAAAGUUUGUAAAGGUUCAAGGCAUAAAUUUUCAGAAGGGGAAUAUAAUCGAAGACAUGGUUCAAACACACAGGAUAAUUAUCAUUCCACUUCACAGCUUGAACUGGUUGAGGCGGCAUUGGAAAACGAUGAACAACUUGCCAGAGCUCUUCAAGAGAGCUUGAAUUUUGAGCCUGAAUAUGAUAAUACAGUCAGCAAUAGCAGGGCCUCUUCCUCUUCAUCAAGCUUAAAUGAUUGUAACGCAGAGAUUGAUCAUAAAAGCUCAUUAAGUUAUACGAGAGAACUUUGGCAUGCCAGUCGUUUUAGAUGCCAUGAGUGCAACCAACUCAUAUAUGAUUCAGAGUUUUCCAUGUCAGGGAGCUUUCCAUAUCAUAAAGCCUGCUAUCAAGAGCAUUUUUACCCCAAAUGUGAAGUUUGCAAGAAAUUUCUUCCAGGAUCUUUUUAUUGGUUACAUCCUUAUUGGAAGCAAAAAUCCUGUCGUAGCCAUUGGAGUGAUGGAACACCCCGUUGCUCUAGCUGUAAUAGAUUAACUGAGUCAGCGGAGGCAAAAUACGUUGCCUUUGAUGAUGGUAGGAAGCUUUGCUUGAAAUGCAUGGAAUCUGUAAUAAUGGAUAAAAAUGAGUUCCAACCUGUUUAUCUUGAGGUACAAGAAUUCUAUGAAGGGUUAGACAUGAAGAUAGAACAGGAGUUUCCGAUGAUCUUGGUCGACCUCAAAGCAAUGAAUGAAGCCAUGUACGGAGAGAAACUUGACCAUGGCAAGGAGUACGAAAUUAUUCGAGGACUUUGUCUUUCUGAAGAAAAAAGGGUAAACCAGAUACAGAGACGACCAAAAAUAGGAGCUGGAAAUCAAGUCACAGAUGUCACAACAGAGCCUUAUAAAUUAACUAGCAAAUUUGAUGUGACUGCAAUUCUCAUCUUAUAUGGUCUUCCUAGGUUGCUGACGGGAUCUAUUGUAGCUCACGAGAUGAUGCAUGCAUGGCUGCGACUUAACGGUUAUGGGACUCUCGCUGAAGAUGUAGCUGAAGGUAUCUGUCAGGUGCUUGCACAUAUGUGGCUGGAAUACCAAAUUAUUUUCAUGUCUGAUUCAUCAGAAAACCCUGCUUAUGAGAAGAAACUUGGGGAAUUUUAUAAAUACCAGAUUGAAACACAUUCAUCGCCAUCUUACGGAGAUGGGUUUAGAGCAGGAAAAAAGGCAGUCGUCAAGCAUGGCCUACAAAAAACCCUAGAACACAUUUGGAAGACUGGAAAUUUUCCUAGUUGAAAACUUGAAAUUGGACAGUGGGUUUAAUUUUACUUUCUAGAAGUAUAUGAA